AUGUCGGCUGGCAAAGCCGCCGGAAUGGGGAAAUCCAAAAAACGAUUUACUGAUCAGCGACCUGGUGGUUCAACUCGUAAGCCCACUGCCGCGUACUUUUUGGCGGAGGUCCCAGUGCCCGUGGACAAAGGCUUGCCCGGUAGCACUUCGAAGGUGGAGUACCCGUCGUUACAGGCAGCUUCCAAGCAGCUCCCUACGAAUUCACAAGGAGCAGCGCAAGAUGCGCUGGAGGAGCCCAAGUCAACAGGUGAUGCUGUGACCCAGACGGUCGCAGCUAUUGCAGCACUUGUUGACAAGAAGGUGGAUGCCAUGCGGCCGCAACGGGAGCAGCUAAAACGCUGCAUUGAGGCUUGCCUUGAGGCUUGCCUGUCUGGCGACGUGCUGGAAGGAAGCAUUGUUGAGGUGGUUGGAAGCACAGCCUGGGGUGGUGAAGUUCCGCAGUCUGACUUGGAUUUGGUCCUCGUUACACCGUCGUCGAGCUCAACCCCGUCUCAGGCACUGGUGCUGCUUCAGGCUUUGGUUGCCAAGCUGGAGAGCCAAAGCAAGGCAGAGCGUCACUGGAGUCGCCUGGAGCUGGUGGAAGCUAGGAAAGUCCCGGUUCUGCGGCUCCACGAUCGUGCUGGCUUGUCAUGCGACGUGGUCGUGGAUCAGUUGCAUGCUCUUGACCAUCGUAAGUUGCUGGCAGAGGCCUUGGAAGGUCGCCCGGAGGUGAAGAGUUUCAUCCGACUGGUAAAGUAUUGGUUGCGGCAGCGCGGUCUUCCAGUUGGCUCAGAGGGUGGACUUCCAUCGUUUGCUUGGGCCUAUACCGCACUACAAUUUGCAAUGCAGCGUCCGAAGAAUGCAUCAGUGCAAGACCUCUUGUUUCAUUUCUUCAAACAAAUGAACUUGCUCAGCAGUAUGUCCUUGCUCCUGCAGCAGAAGGAGAAUGGUGUCACAGUGGCUUGGAAGUCCAGGAAAGAUCCAGCCCCUUGGUCUCAGGAAUGGAUCGAGCUCCUCGUGGUAGACGAUCCUACCCGCAAGCAUCCGUCGGGGGUGCUGCCUGCCGUUGCUCUUUCCGGGAGCUACCAACGCGCAGAGCUGGAUGACGACGAGGAGAAAUUGGAAAGUCUGCGGGCUGAGCUUGCGGAGCGGCAGGCCCGGGAGGCGCGCGGAGAGGCGCCCGGGGCCAUGGUCUCCAAAGUGUCCAUCACGGAUUCAGUGGAGGUGCCGGUGCAGGUGAUUGGGGCUGUGAUCGGGUCUGGUGGCGCAGUCAUCAAGCAGCUAGCUGCGGAGUCUGGGGCCCGGAUGUCUUUUGCGCAGGAGGAUUACCAACCAGGAUACCUGGCUCUCACCCGCCGUUGCUUGAUCAGUGGCGCAACAGACGUGGUCGAGAAGGCCAAAGCGCUACUCCAGGAGUUUGUGUCUUCUGCGAUGGCCGAUCAGGAUCGGGGUGGGCGGAAAGGCAAAGGAAAGGGCCAGAGAAAGGGAACACCUACGAACUUGUCAAGCGAUUUGGUGGGUGAAGGUGCCGGAGGACGUGCUGGAUUUCAAGUGGGUAUCUGCAAAUGGUAUGCCGCGGGCUUUUGCCGCAACCGUCCAGAUGCCUCGGGGGGCUGCCGAAACGGGCUGCACAGCACAGAUGCCGCGCUGAAGGCGGAGGCAGACUGGGUGGCACAGGGCCCCAGCGGCGUCGUCCAGCCUUCCAGGCCAUUGCUUCUGUUGCUGGACUUAGAAGGUGGUGGCAACAAGGACGGUCGGGAUGGCGAGGAUGAGAUCAUCGAGGUGCCCAUUCUCUCCAUGUGCUCUUCCACGGGGAAAGAAUGUGGCCGAUUUCAUCGCUUUGCACGGCCCGGAUACUGGACGAGGGAGGAGUGGUCUAUGCGCAAUCGCUUUCAUGCUGGAUGCUUCAACAAUGGGGCAAGCUCGGUGCCUUUCCCGGAGGUGGUUUUUGCCAUACAGAACUGGCUGCGGGACUUGCUCAAGUUGGCCCCCGGGGAAGAGCUCAGGAGUGAGGACUUUCUGUUCGUGACUUGCGGCAACUGGGAUGUGAAGUCCGCCAUACCGCGGCAAUGCAGCAAUCCAGUACCAGGAACUGUGGAUUACUCGCUGCAGCAGCUGCUGUUCUCGCGGUGGAGCAACUUGAAGGAGGUCUACAGAGACUUCUACAAGCUGCCUGAUUCGGCAGCUCCCACUGGAAUGCGGGGCAUGCUGAAGCUCAUGAGGAUACCGCUCUCAGGGCAGCACCACUUAGGCAUGGAUGACGUCAGCAACUUGGCCAAGAUCCUGCAAAGACUCAUUCACGAGGGCUGCAAAGUUGAGCCGACAGGACAUAAAGCGCCGGUGGGAUUGCCCAUGAAGGGGAAGAAAGGCAAAGGAAAGGGCAAGGACAAGGGCAAGGACAAGGGCAAGGACAAGGGCAAGGACAAGGGCAAGGGGAAGGAGGGGAAGGACAGGGGGAAGGACAAAGGGAAGGAUGAAGGGUAUGGCGUCAACGGCUCUGACAUGCAUGGCCAUGGGCCCGGCAAUGGUUGGGGCAAGGCAGAAGGAGGCAAAGGCGAGGACGUCCGAGCCGAGAGAAGCGAGGAAGGCAAGAAAGGGGAAGCUGAGAAAGCUGAGGAAGGUGAAGGCAAAGGAGAGGAAGGCAAGCAAAACAAAAUGCGGGAAGAUGAGGAAGGUGACGGAGGCGAGGAACUUGAGGAAGAUGCUGGACCUCCGCUGAAAGCCCCGAGGAUCUUGAACCCGCCAGUGAUGCUGCCAGCACCGACAGGGUCUCUCGCGGAGCCCCCAAGGAUAGACCCAGCCAUGCUGCCAGAGCCGACAGGGUCCCCGGAAGCCCCGAGGAUCUCCAGCUUGCUCGGGACCCUGCCGGCGCCGACAGGGCCUCCGCUGAAAGCAGCAAGGAAGUCUUCUGCUUGCUUUUCAAGAGAGGUAAAGUCCAAAAGUGGCCAGGAUCUCCAGCUUGCUGGCAACGCUACCGGCGCCAAAAGCUCGGAGUGAUGCAGAUGAGCCAAUGAACCCUUAGCUUCAUGGCUCAAAAACAGGGCCGUGAACGAGAAGAGCGGCUGGCAAGCCAUCAGGAUUGGCCAAGCAUUCAAUAUCUGCGAGACUUCUCGAGCAGUUGACUGCCUUGGCGC